AUGGCCCGCUCUCUGAAUGAGUGGCUGUGGCAGCAUGAGUUCUGGCUGCCCCCAGGAAUCACCUGGGAGGACAUGCAAGAGUCUGAAGAUGUCCACUACCCUCAGCCUCGUGAUCUCCUGCUCAGUAUCCCUUUUGCUUUAAUCUUAGUUAUCAUUCGAUGUGCCUUUGAAAGAGCCGUAGCCCUGCCCCUCAGUACCAAACUGGGUGUGAGAGACAAGCAGAGACCAAAAGCUCAGCCCAACCCCAUGCUGGAGACUUUCUACAGUACGUGCUGCAAGAACCCUGAAGAGGGUGAGCUGAUCAGUUUAGCCAAACAAUGCGACCUGCCGGUGAGGAAGGUGGAGAGGUGGUUCCGGCACCGGAGGAACACAGACCGACCCAGCCUGUCGAAGAAGUUUUGCGAGGCCUGCUGGAGGUUUACAUUUUACAUCAUUUCUUUCUUCACUGGACUUGCUGUCCUGUACGAUAAGCCUUGGCUUUGGGACCAUAGAGAGUGCUGGACAGGAUAUCCACAACAGCCUCUCCAACCCUCCCUGUUCUGGUACUACCUGCUGGAGCUCUCCUUCUACUGGUCACUGGUCUUCACCCUGCCCUUUGAUGUGAAGAGGAAGGAUUUCAAGGAGCAGAUAGUUCAUCAUGCUGCAACCAUCUUCCUGAUCAGUUUCUCGUACUGUGCCAAUUACAUCCGGAUUGGGACACUGGUGAUGGUGAUUCAUGAUGCUUCUGAUUGUUUCCUAGAGCCAACUAAGAUAUUCAAUUACAUGAAGUGGAAAAGAACUUGUGACAGCCUCUUUAUGAUCUUCUCAGCUGUUUUCCUCAUCAGCCGCCUGGUCAUUUUCCCCUACACAGUGCUCUAUAACACCUACUACUACUCCAUGGAGAUUUUCCAACCCUUCUUUGGAUACUACUUCGUGAAUGCUCUCCUGAUAAUUCUGCAGCUGCUCCAUGUCUUCUGGUCCUGCCUAAUUAUUCACAUGGUCUACAAGUUCAUCUUCCAGGGCACGAUGGAAAAGGACAUGAGAAGUGACACAGAAGAAAGCGACAAGGAUGAAGAAAGAGAAAAGAUUAGGGAAAAGGAGAAAAAUGGGGUCACAUAUUUCACCAGCGUCACAAGCAACAGUUAUAUCCAGAGGAAUGGGUCUGAGCCACUGAACAACAGAACCCAACUCACCAAUGGCCAUGUCAAGGAAAGAUAGCUACUGUUCACAUCCUUCUGAUCUGGUCUUUGAUGAAUCCAGUCCACCGUCUUUAGAAACAGUUUUGCUCAUUGUGUAGUUAAAAUGGAGUGGAAUUGCAGUAUCAUAGCUGAAUUCCU